CAGGCACAUCUUCCUUUUCGCAAACUUCUCACCAGCACGUUGUACCGAAUGACAGCUUACUACAACAAAUCACAUUCAGUGCAAACAAGAGUGAUGCUGAUUGCCGACUGUUACAUAAUUACUCAUUGAAAACAUGCCUGCAUGAUAAAUCUCUGAGACAAAUCUCCCAACGUUGCCCGAUAAAGAGUGAUGUACUUGAAACAGUUGUAUUCCAAUUUUACAAGGUUUAAAUCCCAGUAAUGUGACUAAGAGAUCCCUGACAUGCCCUACUGUACCUGGAUGCUACAGGAGAUCUCCGAAUCAUCCAACAAACGGAUCGUACAUUUCAGCUCCUGGUUUAAGGAUUUGAUGCUCGAGCUACGAAAACGAAUCAUUUUCAUGUCUUUUGUUCCUGCUGCCUUCCUCCGACGUCGUUAUUUCCCUGUAAUAACCCAAGUCCGUUCUAGUCGAAGUGGAUCAUGGUUUAUGCUGGAAAGCCCUGUUCAGUAUAAGAAACUACCAGAAGAAGUAUUUUGAUCUUUCAUUACCAGAGACACGAGAAGAUAUCCCCGCCACUGACAACCGUGCGUCGUCAAGAAGCAGCCACUCUUGCUCGUUGUCAGCGAGGCGCGCGCCUAGUCCACCGUAAGGUGGUGUGCGCAUACACGUACCAUGUUGCUGUGGCUACUACACCAGCGUCUUCCCCCUUCCUAGAUAUUUUAACAAUGGCAUCAGCAACUGUUGGUUCACUUCCCACUACGGCCUCUCGGUUUGCUUUGCUGAAGGUAGAUAACGGCAGUGAUUCUGACUCUGAUCCGGGAAAAGGCAAGGGAGGUAGAAGAGAAAAAUCUCGAACUGGUGGAGCAGCAGGGGGUAAAGCAGGAAAUGAUGAGAAGAAAAAAGAGAGGAGGAGAAAGAAGAAAGAACACCAGCAGAAUGAGGCUAGUGAGUUGCGAAACAUUGCAUUCAAAAAGAUUCCUCAGAAAUCGUCUGCUGCUCCAGGUGUCCAGCCUGUUACUUCUCAAGCUAAAGAAGAAUGUCCAGUGAAUGACUGGCAAGAAUGGAAGGAGAAGGAUGAGCAGCUGACAUCUGAAUUAUUUGAAGCAGAUCUGGAAAAGGCUUUGAUGCUCAGCAAAUUAGAAUUUGAAGAACAUAAAAAGUUGAGUUAUGUCGGCACUUACGAAGUGAAGGAACAGACACCUGUAGAGAAUGUAUCUCCUAAAUCAAAGGGAACAAACAAGAAAGACAGAAGAAAGAACCAGCAAGGAAAAGAUAAACCUCUUACUGUGUCCUUGCAGGACUUUCAGUCAAAUAUGUCUACAGAUCCUGUUAAUAAAAGACAAGAGUCAGAACAGAAGUCAUUACAGCCAGUGGCCCAGGAUGAAUGUUUCUUUAGCAAACUGGAAGAUGAUGUUAAUACUAUACUGUUCAGAGAGAAGAGAAAACAGCAGCUGGUGCAGAGCAAUGGAACUGACAGUGUCACUUCUCAUGAGCAAAGUCAGGAGGUUCACCUGAAUGAUGGAAGGUUAGAAGAGCAAAGACAAGAGCUGAUAAAGAAAGACAUAGAAAUAGAGAAGCUAAAGGUCAGAAUCACAGAAUUAGAGGGCAAAUACAAAGAAGUAAAGUCAAGAAAUGCACAGCUGUUAAAAAUGCUACAAGAAGGUGAAAUGAAAGACAAGGCAGAAAUACUGUUACAAGUUGAAGAACUACUAAAUAUCAAGAAUGAACUAACACUACAGGUGACUGGACUUCAUGCAGCACUUGAACAAGAAAGAUCAAAAGUUAAAGUACUACAGACAUUAUUAAAACAGCAGGCAAGUAAAAGAGGAAGAAAGACUUCUGAAGCAGAACACUGAUGCGCAUAUUGAAAAUCAUCAAGUGUGUAGCAGAAAAAUGUUUCAUUUUUCAGGAUGCUGAAAUUAUUAAAUGCAUAAUAUUUCUGGAAUAUUUCUACUGUAAAACUAUGCAGAUUUUUCAAAACAGAAAUUUUGAUUAUAUAAUACUCUGUGUUUUAACACAAAAAAAUAUGCCAUUUGAAUUUUUCAAGUGAAAAUUGUGUUGUACGGAUGAUUAAGGCAACACAGUUGAAUGCAAUAUGAACAUUUUGUUGAAAAAUGGCACUACAUCCUGUUUCUCAUAGAAGUAAAACUUAAUUUAUUAUUUUUCUUGCUAUAGCUUUUUAUACUGAAGGAGUUUAGAACCUUAAAUUGUUGAUUGACUUUCCCCUUUGAUUAAGUUUGACAUGCACACUUAAAAACAAAGUAAGAUGAUCAUUUUGUUUCUAGUUUUGUAUUGUCAACAUGUUUAUUAGUCUUGCUUGCUAAAUUUUCUUGCUGUGUCAAAAAAAAAUCUGCUGAUAUCUUUGUACCAAAACUUCAAACUUUGUAAGAAGGCAGUGCAAAAACGUAGCUGAACAUUAGCUGAUGUUGUAUAACUGUACUAAAUUAAAACAUUGAAAUAGAGCAGAAAUA